GCAAACGCAGCCGCUGCCGGCUGCCGCAGCUCCAACUGGCAGAGGUGCUUAUGCCUCGUGGACCUUGGUGAAGGCUUUGGCCGCGGCACUGCAGCGGCAGCCUGUGCACAAGGCUACGACUGGAUCUCGGCACUUUGGCUCCUUUGGUCAAUGCCAGGAAGGUCUUCAUCGAUAGUUGUCAAUUCUGUGCUGUCUGCCGCUGCUCGGGCUUUGCGCUGGAAACCUGCAUUGGAGGUCCUGCUGGCCCGGAGCAUGGAGACU